CUCACGCGCCCAUUUCGCCGUCGAUCUACGUCGUUUCGCCCCUUGCCGUUGAUUCUGGAUCUUGAUUCGAAGUUGCCGCAUCUUACGUCGACACCCGAUUUGGCCCGAUCACCGAAGAAUGCGUGCCCCGACGCAUCGUCUAUACCAUGUCUGACAUUAAUGAGGAGUUGGCAAAGUGGUAUGAGGAACUCCAGAAGAUCCCGACGGAAUACCACCUGCUGUGUCCUCGAACUGGCGACGAUGACGACGAGAACUACAAGAACCUGGACGAUCCAGAUUCCAAGAUCUCAUUGGAAGAGAAGAAGAAGCGCAUAGAGCAGGGAAAGGGGCGGAUCGAAGUCACAUAUUGGAAUAGUCUCAUCUUUGGCUUUGAUAAGAAAGUUGCUGGGAAAUGGCUGGAGGACUUUACAGCGCGGCUCGAACAGGGCCUCCAGUUCUGCUCUGACUGUGUACUGAACUGGCACAUGAAGCGCAAGGCUAAUCUCCAGAAAUUUGCUGAGCGCUGGAAUGAGGAAGCUGUUUUCCAGAUCCAGGAACUGCUUGACCGUUUGGAUGUUAAACGGAUUGAUCAUAACUUGAAGUGGGCCAAGGAUUUCAUCGAGAAGAUCGAGUCCACGGGUACCGUGUUCAAGAAGUCGCAGUUCGGAGACCGUAUAUCCGAAGUUCACAUCACUGUGUACGAGGCAUUGUGUUGCAUCGCGUACAUGGCGGAUCCCGACCAACGUGCCACAUUUCAGUACGUCUUCCGUCGGCUGCAGGGCAAGACCGUUCUUAAGCUGGGGACCAAGGACCCUCUGCCAGGAAUGACGUAUUUCCUCUUUGAUCAGAAGAAUGAGGAUCGCCGCAAAUGGGCUAUGGAGAACUGGAAGAAUCUCGACACGAGCGCCAUGUCACAAGAGCAGUUUGACUGGGCUGUGAGCGGCGGCCUGGUCAGUGCCAUGGAUGACGUCAACAGAAAGGAUAUAUCGCAACCGACAAGCGAGAUCUACCUCGAGAUUGAGAGGUUCUGGCUCGGAUUUGAAGAGAUCCUAAGGACACUGAACGCGGACAUCAUCCUUCAUCGCCUCCGGAGCCUUGAGGUGAGGUCAGGUUGCCCCAACAUUUACGACUUGCUCUUCCGUCACAUCCAAUUCUGUCAUUCGGAGGGGGUUCUGGUUGUUACAAUCCGCGUUCUCACAGGCUUCCUCAAGAAAGCCCCCAAAGCAUUCUGGGAUGUGAUUGGCGAUGCCCGACCCAAUGUUAUUGCUGAUCUGCUCUUUGGCAGUCCAGUAUACAAAAGCUUGCUUCGCCAAUCACUCGAGGAUUGCUGGACUGGGUUUGAGGCUGGGACUUCACUUGUGCCGUUCCCCACCUCAUGGGUCGAUCCGUGGCUACAGUCGCUGGGCCGUGAUCGCAGAUACGAUGCCUGCGAGGUGCUGAUGCAUACCCUCUUCGAAGCUCUUGCUAAAGAUGCGAGCAUUGGUGAACCUGGCCAAGCAGCUUGUAUCCGUGCUGGCUUUGACGCCCUGCAUUUUACCAUGACGACAUUUCUGGACCCAAAUACCAAGAUUGGCGUUGGUACUACUCACCUCUACGCCAGCGCUGCUUUCAAUCUGGUCAUGAAAUACAAAGACCUGAUUCUCAGGAACCUGCGCCCUCCCACUGGUAAUCGUGAGGGUUGGCAGACAUUCCAGGUUGCGACAGCGGCCAAGAAGGUCCUACAGGCGGCUAUGAAGCUAGAUAUGAAGAUCUUCGCUGAAGAAUUCGACUCUCUCCUCGAGGGAAAACAGCUUCAGUCCACGAUUGUCCGAAACUCCAAGAUAUUUUGGCAGGGCGUCGUGGAAAUGUUUGAUGUCUCGUCCGAGCAGGUCGAUUUGGCAAGAGACAUCCUACUGUCUCUUGAGCCUCUGAUCGGCAUUGAGCAAAUCAGACCUCUCAAGAGCGGCCAGUUGUCCGAGUCUAGCAAACUCUUCAACGGGGCUCUCGAGGGGACAAUAAAUGUCCUUGGCAACACACUGGGCAGAAUAUCCGAAUUGGAUGCGACGGAUCUCAAUACUCUUUUUGAUGACCGGUUAGCUUUCCAAGACACUAUUGGUCUUUCUGUCCACGGAGAGUCAGAUCUCGCAGAAGCUGCAUCUGAGUUGCUCAAGAGCUGGACUGGGGAGUUGUCCCGAAGCGGCGCGUUUGAACAAAUGUCUCAACUCCAUCCGGACCAAACGCUCUCUUCAAUUGUAUGGUCCCUGGAGCGCAUUCUGAAGCCUCCCAACCCAUGGGGUCCCAUCAGGCCUAUUCUCAAUAUGAGCCGAGACGUUCUCCGUGGACUGGCUGAUCCUCUCUCUGGAGUCCUGCGAGUCAAGACCCUAGACUCUAUGUCCGCAGCCAAGGUCUUGCGGUGGUGGAGCGAACAGUGGCGAUUUGUCUCUACGGCUUGUAAGAACAUCGAAAACUGGUCUCGAUAUAUCCAGAAUAGCACCAUGCAGGAAUUCUGCCGCGAGAUCAUGGAACUUGCGGAAGCCCUUGUUGCAGAGGAUGGUUUGAUUGCCUCAGCCAUUUCUAAGUCCCUUGGCAAGAGCGAGAAAGAUACCAUGUCUCAGAUCCUCAUCCCCGCGAAGCAACAUUUUGGGGGUAUGGAGAACAUGAUCCGGCUCAAGGAUAGAUGGCUUGUUGAUGUCACCGUACGUGUCUUGUGCAAGAUUCUCACACGUCUCCGAGAGAACGGACAUGAGAUCCAUGCAGCGUCUCGGAAACUUAUCACGGAUGCAUGUCUUCCAACCGCCGUUCCUGGGAAGUACGUUCGGUCGACAAAUUUGACAGACCAGCAACGAGCAGAGCUUCUCCAAGCACUGGGCCAGACCGACGACGAGGUCCAAAUCUAUCAAUUGGGCAUCGCCUCACAAACCGCCGACCUUGCUGCGCAAAAGACCAAGGCCAAGGUUAAGAAGCAGAGUAGGCUCGAUGCUUGGUCAAAGUCGGGAACUUCGACUUCGGCGGGCAGUUCCAAGUUAUCUCGGUCUAAUCGUGAUGAUGUCCUCGAUAUGAGCAAGUCCCUUGAAAACCCAAUUCUUAAGCAGAUCGAGGCUCGGCAAGCUAAAGCCAAGGCCAAGUCCAAGCUUCCCGAUCAGAGGGCAAUUUCUUCCCUCAAGGAGAGCAGACAGCGAGAGAAGGCCGAGAAGGCCAAGCGUGAUGCCGAAACCAUCGCUCGUGCCAAACAGCUGAGAGGAGAGAUCGUUCCCGGCGAAGGGUCCGGUCUCCUUGGACUUAGCCUCACUGGAAAGGAUCACCGCAGCGACAUUAUGGUCAAUAGUUCCGAUGAGGAUUCAGAAGAGGACGAUGACGAUGACUCCGAUUCCGAUAAUGAGCUCGCUGCACUUAGCACUGGAGGCCUGAAAACUCUUGACGAAGCUGAGAGGCGCAGGCGCCAAGCCUUGCGCGACCAGCUCCGAAAGCCUGUCAAGAAGGUACGACAGCAGCGUUCCGUGAAGGAGAUGAGAGCCAGGUUGAUCCCUCCUAUGGACCGAUUGCACAAUACUAUCUUGGCAUGGGACAUCUUCCAUGAAGGAAACGAUCCUCCGAGUGGCCCAGCAGCGUCUGAAGUCGCGACGAAGUAUCUCAACCCCAACUCCUACCAGGAAACUUUCUUCCCCUUGCUAGCCUCUGAAGCCUGGCGUUCAUUUGUCACCUCAAAGGACGAGGUAACAUCUCAACCAUUCGGCAUGAAGAUUGCCAGUCGUGCAAGUGUCGACAGUUACUUAGAAGUGACGUUCACAAUGCCUGUGGUUCAGAAUAAAGACCGACGUGUGGCGGAAGGUGACAUCCUCCUCGUCUCUGAAGCUGAGAGUCCUCUUACCGAGAAGACCGCCCGACACUGCCUGGCCAGAGUUCAUCGUAUCACGUACAAGAAGGAGCUUAUUGAGAUCACUUAUCGCGUGGCAUCUCGAAACAACCCAUUGGCGCAGGCCUUGACUCCCGGAGUAAGCGUCCAUGGGGUCAAGAUUACCAACAUGACUACCAUAGAGAGAGAAUACGCUGCGCUGGAGAGUCUACAAUACUACGACCUCAUGGAUGAGAUUCUCAAGGCUGAGCCAUCGCCAAUCAUUCGGUAUGGAGAUGAAAAGAUCACCAACUACAUGGAAAACUUCUCCCUCAACCGUGGUCAGGCCAUGGCUGUUUUGGGCGCGCAUGACAAUGAUGGGUUCACUUUAAUUCAGGGACCCCCAGGAACUGGAAAGACGAAGACGAUCAUUGCCAUGGUCGGGACUCUUCUGUCUGAACAGCUCAGUCAAAUGGGCAAUGCCGGCGUUCCUGUUGGUGUCCCUCUGCGACCAAAUGGUGCUCCUAACCCCACCAACCAACCUCGACCGAAGAAGCUUCUUGUUUGUGCUCCCAGUAACGCCGCUGUGGACGAACUGGUCCUACGACUCAAAUCCGGGAUCAAGACGAUCAAUGGCAAGACCCGAAACAUCAAUGUCCUUCGAUUGGGUAGGAGCGACGCCAUCAACGCUGCUGUCAGGGAUGUUACUCUGGAUGAACUUGUGAAGGCACGUCUCGAGGGGGACACGACGAAAGAAAAGGCCAGGGCCGAUCGCGAGAAGCUACAUGAAGAUGCCGGCAAGAUCAAGGAGGAGCUUUCACAGCUGCGGCCUCGACUGGAAGAGACGCGUGGCCUUGAUGACCGAGCACUCUACAACACCCUCUCGCGGCAGUUUGAAGAGCUGAAGAGACGACAAAUGCAGAUUGGAAAACAGAUCGAUGCGCAAAAGGACAGCGGCAACUCGGUUGCACGAGAAAUGGAGAUGCGCCGUCGCCAGGUUCAGCAGGAGAUCCUCAACUCGUCCCAAGUUCUCUGUGCCACCCUGAGCGGUAGCGGCCAUGAAAUGUUCCGAAACCUCGACGUCGAGUUUGAGACGGUCAUCAUUGACGAAGCUGCUCAGUGUGUUGAACUCAGCGCCUUGAUCCCCCUGAAGUACGGAUGCUGCAAGUGUAUCCUGGUCGGUGACCCUAAACAGCUGCCGCCUACAGUCCUUUCGCAGUCGGCCGCGAGAUUCGGCUACGAUCAAAGUCUGUUCGUGCGAAUGCAGCAAAACCAUCCGAAGUCUAUCCAUCUUCUAGAUAUGCAGUAUCGCAUGCAUCCUGAAAUCAGUAUGUUCCCAAGCAGAGAGUUCUACGAAGGACAACUUCAAGAUGGUCAAAAUAUGCAGGAACUCCGCCAGCAACCUUGGCACAAGAAUCUCCUGCUCGGACCGUACCGCUUCUUUGACGUUCAGGGUGUCCAGGAGCGUGGUAACAGGGGCCGGUCCCUGGUCAACACGAGAGAGUUGGAGGUUGCCAUGCAGAUUUAUGACCGUUUCAGUAAGGAGCAUGGAGACAACGACUUGACUGGAAAGAUUGGCAUCAUUACUCCAUACAAAGCCCAGCUAUUUGAGCUCCGGAACCGAUUCACGGCCCGAUACGGCGAAGGCAUCACGAACAUCAUCGAGUUCAACACGACGGAUGCCUUCCAGGGUCGAGAAUGUGAGAUUAUCAUAUUCUCAUGUGUCCGAGCCAGCCCGACGGGGGGUAUUGGUUUCAUGACUGACAUUCGUCGAAUGAACGUCGGUCUGACACGAGCCAAAUCGUCGCUUUGGAUCCUUGGAGAUUCGAGAGCUCUUGUCCAGGGCGAAUUCUGGCGCAAGCUCAUCCACGAUGCCCAAGCCCGAGAUCGAUACACCAAGGGCGACAUCCUGUCGAUGCUCCGAAAGCCUCUCGAACAAGCCAAGCCAGGCGCCUACCUGCUUCCUGCGCCAGCGCCACAGGCACAAGAUCGAGAAGUCACCAUGCGAGACGCCCCAGCGAUAACUGCGCCACCACCUAAACCCAGUUCCUCUCGCUCAGCAUCGCCCAAUGUCAUAGCUGGAAAGCCUCCUGGUUCUACCGCACCGGCUCAGAUCCCUGGUCUAGGCGGGCUUGGAAGGAGUGAAGUCGUGCCAAGGUCUGGUGGGCCACCAGUCAUCCACACAUCUACGAGCAAACCACCGGGAUCGGAAGCCAAGAAAAGAGCCUUGGACGGAUCCGAUUCCAACCAACCGGUGUCAAAGAGAAAUGCGAGCGACAGAGGCCGAGGAGGGCUGAUGGGCAAGUUUGGCCAGAGACCAAACCGGCCACCCAAGCUUCCAACAGACCCGUCAGCCAUGUCUGUGCUGGGGAUGGUUCCUCCAGAGCGACCACCGCCGAUACCAACUGGGCCGAUGAAUCCGACGAAGACAUCGAGUGGAUCAAUGUCCAACCAGCCAAAUGAGACAGGGAAUAGUAGAGUAUGUAAAGGGAGACCCACUUGCCGGACAUUUGCUAAUGUAUAGCUCCAGCCACCGCCUAAGAGCCUGCCUCCACCAAACCCUCGAAAGAAGAAGGGAAAGCCGAGUUUGUUUGUCCCCAAGAGGCGAUAGUCCCCAG